AUGGCACAACGUCUUUCGUCCCUCAUCUCGCACCUGACACCAGGCAAGAGCGGGGUGAGCACCAUCACCCAAAAGAACGCCGACGAUGUAGUCAUCACACUGGCCAUCCGAACGCCCCUGACGAAAGGCAAGAAGGGUGGCUUCAAGGACACAGACAUCGAUUACAUGGUCUUCGCGCUGCUCAAAGAAGUCAAGGCGAGAAGCAACCUCGACCCCAACCUGGUCGAAGAUAUCUGCUUGGGCAAUGUCGGCGACGGCAAAGCCGCCUACAAAGUCCGCGCCGCCAUGCUCGGCGCCGGCUACCCCAUCACCGCGGGCGCCUCCUCCGUGAACCGCUUCUGCUCCUCAGGCCUCAAAGCCGUCCAAGACAUCGCCAACCAAAUCGCCCUCGGCAGCAUCGACAUCGGCAUCGCCAUGGGCGCCGAAUCCAUGUCCAUGGGUGGCGACCGCCUCGCCAAGCCCUUCGACGAAGCCAUCCUCGCCGCCUCUCAGGACGCCCAAGACUGCAUGCAGCCCAUGAUCCAAACCUCGGAAAACGUCGGCAACGAUUUCAACAUCUCCCGAAGAACACAAGACGAGUACAGCGUCGAGAGUUUCCGACGAGCCGAAGUCGCGCAAAAGGCAGGGUGGUUCGACGACGAGAUCGUCCCGAUCACGACCAAAGUCAAAGACCCCAAGACCGGCGAGGAGAAAUUCGUCACUUUGACCAAAGACGAGGGCCCACGCUACGGCACCACGCUCGAAGGCCUAAGCAAGAUCCGACCCGCCAUGCCCGAGUUCGGCGACAAGACCUCUGGCGGCAAUGCCAGCCAGGUCACGGACGGGGCCGCCGCGAUCCUCCUGAUGAAACGCUCCAAAGCCCAGGAAUUGGGUCAGCCCAUCCUCGCGAAAUUCUGCGGCGCGACUGUCGCUGGCGUGCCCCCGCGGAUCAUGGGCAUUGGGCCUUCCGCUGCGAUUCCUAAACUUCUGCAGAAGUUCAACCUCAAUAAGGAUGAGAUUGAUAUUUUUGAGAUCAAUGAGACUACUAACCUCGCUUCGCAUGCAGCAUUCGCCUCAAUGGCAGUCUACUGCAAAGACGUCCUCGGCCUCGACCACGCGAAGAUGAACCCGCGUGGCGGAGCUAUUGCGCUUGGUCACCCCUUGGGCGCGACUGGCGCACGACAGAUCUGUACGAUUCUAAGCGAGGCGAAGCGGGCGAAGAAGCGGGUGUUGGUCACUAGCAUGUGUAUCGGCACAGGACAAGGUAUGGCGGGCCUGUUCGUUGCUGAGAAUUGGUGA